AGUCAGGUGAAAGGACCCUGCAGAACCGUAGCUUUUACAGCUUUAGCAGACGGGACAGAAACGUCUAUAGCUUUAAACAGUCUAACUAGCAUUAGAGUUUCAGAUAUGGAGGCCGGAUCCACAGUCAGUGCCAUCAGGAGCCAGAGGGUGCUGGUUGGGGAGGAGAUCCAGCCUGCGCUCAUCACCAUAAAGGAAGGGAAGAUCCAUAGUAUCCUGCCUGAUCCAGGAGCAGCUCUGAACACUGCUGGAGAGGUGCUGGAUGUGGGUAACAGUCUGGUGAUGCCCGGUAUAGUGGACUGCCAUGUUCAUGUUAAUGAGCCAGGUCGCACUGACUGGGAGGGGUACUGGACUGCAACACGAGCUGCAGCUGCUGGAGGGGUAACCACCAUCGUGGACAUGCCCCUUAACAGCAUCCCGCCCACCACUACCCUUCAGAACCUCCAUACUAAGCUACAGGCUGCUGCUGGACAGUGCUUUGUGGACACAGCAUUCUGGGGAGGGGUUAUUCCUGGCAACCAGCUGGAGCUCAGGCCGAUGAUUCGGGCUGGAGUGGUCGGGUUUAAGUGUUUUCUGAUCCACAGCGGAGUGGACGAGUUCCCUCAUGUGAGCGACAGUGACCUGCAUAAAGUGAUGAGACAGCUCCAGGGGACAGGGACCGUCCUGCUGUUCCAUGCUGAGAAGGAGGUUCCGCAACUACUGGAAGAAGACGGAGAUCCGAGUGAGUACUCUACUUUUCUGAGAUCCAGACCGGAUGUGAUGGAGCUGGAGGCAAUACGAACAGUCACUGAACUCUGCCUGCGCUAUCAAGUUCGAUGCCACAUUGUUCACUUAUCCUCAGCACAGUCUCUGGAGGUAAUCCGGGCCGCCCGGCUGGCUGGAGCUCCGUUAACAGUGGAGACGACCCACCACUACCUCACCCUGUCUGCAGAGGACAUCCCACCCAGAGCUACUCAGUUUAAAUGCUGCCCACCCAUACGGGGCACAGCCAACCAGGAGCAGUUGUGGUCAGCACUGAGAGCUGGUGAUAUAGACAUGGUGGUGUCCGACCACUCCCCAUGUACCCCCAGCCUGAAGCAGCUGGACAGUGGGGAUUUCUCCCAGGCCUGGGGGGGCAUCUCCUCCCUGCAGUUUGGUCUCUCUCUGUUCUGGAGCUCGGCCAGUAAGCGAGGGUUCUCUGUUCCGGACGUGGUGAGACUCCUGUGUAAGAAACCCGCACUGCUGUGUCGCCUCGGCAACCGGAAAGGCAGUCUAACACCAGGUCACGACGCGGAUUUAGUCAUCUGGGAUCCGGAGAAAGAAUUCACAGUGACCGAAGACAACAUACAUCACAAACAUAAUUUGACCCCGUAUCUUGGCCGUACGCUGUGUGGAGAGGUUAAGGGGACUGUGGUUCGAGGAAAUCUUGUGUACUUCGACGGCUCCUUCAGUCCUCAGGCUGUAGGUCAACACUUACUGUUAGAACAGAUCCGAACCCCAGCAGCUCUGUGAGAUCCCCGAACACCACUGCUGCUCUUCCAUUAACCAUUUCAGUAUCAUUCAGUUUAACCAUAUAUACCUCAUCAUACAAAAUUAAAUGCUAGUUUAGUUUUAAAGAGUCCCUAAACCCUAAACCAUACGUUUUUAAUUAAUAGCUAAAAUUUGUUCCUUAGAAGUAAUGAAACAUACCAGUCCUGCUUAAAAUGUUUUUAAACAUUUCCUCACCUUUAAAGACACUUUUAUUGUGGUGAAUUCCACUUCUGCAGCACCCUCACAGGUUCAACUGUGCUAUAGGUAAGGAUGAUGUGUCUGUGCACUUUGGUAUGCAGGCACAUUACGAUAUGCAGAUUAGUCAAUCAAAAAUACCGCCCCCUACUGACGUCCAACCAUCUGCAUCUCACCACUAUCAGAAACACACAGCCCAAUCAGCUUUCCCUUCUGCCCCGCCCCUAAACCCAUACAGUACCUAGUGUCCCUCCCAUUUUUUGCUUUUUACAAAUAUAAGCUGAGGGUGGAGUCAGCUAAAAUCAGUGGGUUUAGUGCCCAUUUAAUGCAUAUACUAUACACCAGGGAUGUCCAAACUACGCCCCGCGGGACAUUUGCGGCCCGUUUCCUUUUUUGAAGGCCCCCAAGGUAUUUUAGAAAUAGAAUGAAAGUUGGCCCACUGUUAAGCAGGUUUUUAUAAUGUGAGAUUCAAAGUUUGAACGCUAGGUGUCAGAAACGGGCCAAAGAGUCUAAAAGCAGAGAGAGAGCGCAUUUCUAGCACAAAAAAACGGGGCAAAAGAGUCUAAAAGCGGAGAGAGUGCGCACUUCUAGCGCAGAAAAACGGGGCAAAAGAGUCUAAAAGCGGAGAGGGUGCGCAUUUCUGGGGCAGAAAAAUGGGCCAAAGAGUCUAAAAGCGGAGAGAGUGCGCUUUUCUAGCGCAGAAAAUCUGGCCAAAGAGUCUAAAAGCGGAGAGGGUGUGUAUUUCUAGUGCAGAAAAUCGGGCCAAAGAGUCUAAAAGCGGAGAGAGUGUGCAUUUCUAGUGCAGAAAAUCGGGCCAAAGAGUCUAAAAGCGGAGAGGGUGCGUAUUUCUAGUGCAGAAAAUCGGGCCAAAGAGUCUAAAAGUGGAGAGAGUGCGCAUUUCUAGUGCAGAAAAUCGGGCCAAAGAGUCUAAAAGCGGAGAGGGUGCGUAUUUCUAGUGCAGAAAAUCGGGCCAAAGAGUCUAAAAGCGGAGAGGGUGCGCAUUUCUAGCGCAGAAAAUCGGGCCAAAGAGUCUAAAAGUUGCCGUUAUUAAGGAGUUUAAUAUUAAGAGACAUCAUGAAAUUUAACAUCAAUUUGAAAAAUCUUAGUUUACACAACACUGUCAAAGAUAAAGAUAGUAAGUCAAGGAAAAUCGUGUGAAUGAAAUAAUCAGGAAAAAGUAUUUUUUAAAGUGGUAUAUUUUAUUAUUUGUUUUAUUAUAGAGUGUGGCCCGUGACUUCAAAUAUAUUUCUCCUUCUGGCCCCCAACAAAAAAAGUUUGGACACCCCUGCUAUACACUAUAUACAUUAUGGGUUGCCUUCUUGGACAUGGGUCAAAAAAGCUGUGCCCAAGACUUGGCUUAAGAAGCAACAGAAACAUAAUAAAGUUGUUAAUGCUUUAGUUGAGCAGAUAAAACAUACAAUAUGUUUAGUCUAUACUGUCUGCAAUCAAAUAAAAAUCAAAGAACAUGUAAGAAA